UGCUGCUUUUGAAAUGAAAUCAAUGAUACAUUAAUAAAUAUUUAACAAUGGAACUCGGCUAAAUGUAAUGCUUCAGCUGUUGACUGUUUCCUGUCUUUGUAUUGUUGAUACAGUCUUUUAAACCGGUUGGUUUCCAGUGAAACCAGGUGGAUGGUGGUUUCACAGCAUUUUUGCAGCUGAAGGAACAGAAAAAUGCUUCAUGUUCCAGUUUGACGAGAAGUUCUGACCCAACAGGAAGUAGUUGUUGUUGUUUUUUUAUUGCUUAUCGCAGCAGAUGGAAGAUCGUGCUGAUCAUCAGGUCGUGUUUCUUUGUGUAGAUCAUUUGUGUUUAGAGAAACUGAGAGGUUUUCCACCAUCUCUCGGCUCCCAGCAGGUUUAUAAAGACCAGGUGAUCAACUCAUGGCCAGCAGCUUCAGACAGGAGCCAAAGAUGCCGAAGUACAUCACCCACAUCGAUAUUUCUCUGAACGGUGAUGAGGAGCUUUGGUUUAGUAAUAAUGGCUACACCAAACUUCCUCUUGAUCUGAACAAAGAAGCAGGAGGAAACGACGUCUUUCUCUGGUACAAAACCGGUGACUACAGAGCCAUCACCAGGAUCCAGUUUUCCUUCAAUGAUUGGAUGAAAAAAGGUUAUACUGAGUGUGACGUCCCGAUCGUGGAGCUGGACCUGUCCACUAACGAAGCAGAUGAUACCAAAAAGGUCCAGCCUCAGUGGGAGAGGUCAGCCUGCGAUCUGAACCGGGGAGCUGGAGGAGAUUGGAUCCACCUGUGGAUGAAGCGACAGCAUCAAACCUACAUCUGCGACAUCCAGGCCAGUGAUGGCGACAUAUCCAACUACGAAUUGCUCCGUCAAGGUUACACCCGCAUAGAUGAAGACAUCAACAGAGAUUCGGGUGGGCCUGACGUCUUCAUCUACUACCAGCAAACCACUGAUGAGAAGAAGGCCAUCACAGAUCUGAAGAUCUCCACUGAUACGAAGGAGAGUCGUUUGGUGAAAGCCGGCUAUCAGAAAGUGAAAACAAACCUGAAUGAUGGAAACAGAGGAACCCCGCUGUACCUGUGGUACAAGAAAGAUGAAACCAACAUACCUCCCAUCACGUUCAUCACUGUGGUAAAUAUAAUGGCAAAGGAAGAGUAUGUCAAAGCCGGCUUCAAUGUCAUCGAUACGGAUCUCAACCUGAAGAAUUCAGGCCACAAAAUGUUUCUGUGUUUUAAGUAAAGUUUGAUCGUUUCUGAGCAUGCUCAGUGAGAGCCAAUAAUCACCCUGUACUGAUCACAUCUUCUAUCUGGAAUCUGUGAAAAGAGUUUUCUCUCAAACAUUUUCUCUGAAUCUGAUCACUGAUCAAUAAAGUUGAGCAUCUGAUCAUA